UCUACUGUUGCCUCUUUCCCAGUUUGUGCUCUCUCCUCUCCUCACUCCGCCUUAUCCCCAAAACCCUAUCGAUCCCAUCCCCUUUCCUCCUCACCCAUGGCGGCCACGCUCUUCUCCACCGCCCUCUCCCCGCACCUCCUCCCCCUCCCCUCCACCUCCUCCAACCCCGCCUCAUCCUCCCUCUCCUUCCUCUCCAAGCCGCUGCUCCCCGCCCUCGCCGUCGCGGGAUGGCCGCGGAGGAGGACCAGCCCCUUCGUGCCGGUGGCCGUGGCCGUGUCGGAGGAGGUCGAGACGGAGGAGGACGAGGAGGAGGAGGAGGAGGGCUCCGGGGGCGAGGAGUUCUCCGACGACCUGAGGGUCUUCGUCGGCAACCUGCCCUUCAGCGUCGACAGCGCCCAGCUCGCCGGCCUCUUCGAGCAGGCCGGCUCCGUCGAGAUGGUCGAGGUCAUCUAUGAUAAGCUGACUGGAAGGAGUCGUGGGUUUGGGUUUGUGACAAUGUCUAGUGUUGAAGAAGUUGAGGCAGCUGUCGAGCAAUUCAAUGGCUAUAUACUUGAUGGGAGAUCUUUGAGGGUUAACUCAGGGCCACCACCACCAAGGGAGCAAUCAUCGCAGAGAGCACCCAGGGGUGAGGCCAACAGGGUCUAUGUAGGUAACCUUUCUUGGGGUGUUGACAAUGCAGCUCUCGCAAACCUAUUCAGUGGGGAAGGGGAGGUCUUGGAAGCCAAGGUCAUCUAUGACAGGGAGAGUGGCAGGUCAAGGGGAUUUGGUUUUGUCACGUAUGGUUCCGCUGAAGAGGUUGAGAAUGCAGUUUCAAAUCUUGAUGGCGCUGACAUGGAUGGCAGACAGAUCCGAGUUACAGUAGCAGAAUCGAAACCACCUAGGAGACAAUAUUGAAAUUCGUUUAGAUGCCCUGAAGCCUAUGGUUAGUCCAGAUAUGAAUCAUACUAUCGUCAUGAUUGUUCUAUAGCAUCGAUGGAAUUCUAGUCGUAACUUCCACCAUAUGGUUCAAAAGAUUGGUUUGGUGAUGAGAUAUAUAUCAUUUUGUUUUAACUUUUUGAACCCACUUUUUUUUGUUAUGUAUGGCUUGUUCCUUGAAUUAUAGAGUAAAGUGCACGGCCGGUCUCUAAACUUGUGCUA